GCUCUCUACAGGGAUGUCAUGCGGGAGAACUAUGAGACAGUGACCUCGCUGGGAUUUCCCAUUCCCAAACCUGAGCUGAUCUCCCGCCUGGAACGAGGGGAAGAGCCGUGGGUCCCGGAUCUCCAGGUCUGCGAGGAAAGAGAGCGCCUGAGAGGCAAUCGCACAGGUGCUGAACGAGGGAGUGAAAACAAGGAGGAGAAUCAUCAUGAGGAGGUUCCUGAGGAAGUGGAACCACAGGGGACCUUUGUGGGAAGAGUAGAAGGGAAUUUUUCCCAGUGCUGGGAACAGGGAGAAGCCUGGGGAAAUUGGCAGAAGUCAGAGAAGCUGCUGGGGAACCACCCAAGAAAUAAACUGGAUGAAUCUAUUAAAUGUGGGAUAGGAGACAAGGAUCCCACAACUCAGCAGACAAAUUCCAAGGAAGACAAACGCUAUGAAUGCCUCGGUUUUGGGGAAGGAUUCAUUGUGAGAUCACAGCUUGUUACACAUCAGACAAUCCAUACUGGAGAGAAACCCCUUCAAUGCUUGGACUGUGGGGAAAGGUUCAAUAAUCGCUCAGCCCUGAAUAACCAUGGGAGAAGCCACAGAAGAGAGAAACCCUCUCAAUGCCUUGAGUGUGGAAAAUGUUUCAUUUGGAAGUCAGAACUAAUUAGACAUCAGCUAAGCCACACAGGAGAGAGACCCCAUAAGUGCUUCGACUGUGGGAGAAGUUUCAAACAGAGGUCAGACCUUGUUAAUCAUCAGGCAAUCCACACAGGAGAGAGACCCCAUAAGUGCUUGGACUGUGGGAAAAGUUUCAUACGGAGGUCAAUCCUUGUUAAUCAUCAGAGAAUCCACACAGGGGAGAGACCCCACAAGUGCAUGGACUGUGGGAAAAGUUUCACAUGGAGGUCAGACCUUAUUAAACAUGAGAGAAUCCACACAGGAGAGAGACCUCACAAGUGCUUGGACUGUGGGAAAAGUUUCAGUCGGAGGUCAGCUCUUUUAAAACAUCAAGCGUUACACACAGGAGAGAGACCGCAUAAGUGCGUGGACUGUGGAAAAAGUUUUAUACAGAGGUCAGACCUUGUUAAACAUCAGGCAAUCCACACCGGAGAGAGACCCCAUAAUUGUUUAGAUUGUGGGAAAAGUUUCAUGCGGAGGUCAGACCUUGUUAAACAUCAGGCAAUCCACACUGGAGAGAGACCCCAUAAGUGUGUGGACUGUGGAAAAAGUUUCAUACAGAGGUCAGACCUUCUUAAACAUCAGAGAAUCCACACAGGAGAGCGAUCCCACAAGUGUUUAGUCUGUGGAAAAGGUUUCAUAUGUAGGUCACACCUCAUUAAACAUCAUAGAAUCCACACAGGAGAGAGACCUCACAAGUGCUUAGACUGUGGGAAAUGUUUCAUACAGAGAUCAAACCUUGUUAGACAUCAGUCAAUCCACACAGGGGAGAGACCCCACAAGUGGUUGGACUGUGAGGAAAUUUCACGCAGAGAUCACACCUCAUUAAACAUGAGAGAAUCCACACAGGAUCUUAACUUCUCUGACACAGAGACAGAAAGUGUUAAGGAAAUAGCAUGUAAUUGACCUAGAUUCAACCUUUAGAGACAUGUUAGAAAAGUGUGUCCUCCUCAGAUAAACUAGAGCUUCAAGAGGUAACCGUGUAUUGUUAAAGACAUGGAAGAAGAUGGUAACUGUAGUAAUGUUUGUUUAGCUGUAUCUUGUUAGAGGUUAACAAUGGAAAUAAACAGUUCCUGUCUAGGGCUGUAUUCUGUGAAUUCAAAGAUCAAAAGAGAAUAUUAACAUUUAGACAAAACUUGGCUGUAAUAAUGUCAUUGUUUGUCUCCUGAAAGUUUGUUGAUAAACUUGUCUAUGAACUGCUU